CACCGUUGCGAACCGUUUGCAGCCAAAACAACAUACUCGAUAACCCAUCAUUGACAACUAGCUGCACCGCAUCACCGCAAAAACAGUUACUUACCUCCAGUGAAGGAAAAAACAGUGGUUUCGUAUAAUUAUGACAGUGUUUAUGAUCAUUUUUACAGUACUUAUUGUUAGUGUUAUUAAAUAUGUGCCCGUUUCAACGUACCCGGUGUCUUCAUCUCUCAACGAUGGAAAUGUCGAAGCAGAUAUUGAGGACCCAAACGCAAGGAAACUAGUUUUCUACCCUCUACCCGUAGUCGUGCCAGCCUCCGAAGUAGACAAUGUCCUCCACAAGGACCCCGAGGAGCUGCAGCACAUCCUCGCUGAUAAGGCCGAAAAUCCCUUCAUGCCCUCCCACCUCCCUCAGGACGCGUUCGAAAUGAUGAGCGAUAUCUUGAAGCACCCCGUCAUGAUGGAGCUGGACCCGGAGAAUGAAGACAGCGCGGACCUCUUCCAAGAUCAAGCAAAUCCCAAAGAAGAUCAACCAGUAACUCCGGAACCAGAGGAGUCGGUGACUUACUUCACGGACGAGCUAGGUGCGUUGCGGCCCAGCACGGUAUCCCACGAUUUGAAGGAGCAGACACAGGCCCCAAAGAACAUCAGCCGAAAACCGCCUGUUAAAUUGCUACAAAGGCUCCUGCGUGACUACUUGCCAGUCGUUAACCCGGAGGUGAAAAACUCGACACCCCCAGAGAAGAACCCGGUGAUCUCGUCUCUGGCGAAGAAAACCCUGAAACCUGCACCGUCGAUGAAGUACCCGGUGUUCGGGAACGGCCAGUUCUUCUCGCUCCUGAACACGCUCAACGUCAUUUUGAAUCGGAAGAAUUUGCCCCCGUCCAAAACCUACGAGCCUUUCAAAGUCCCGGAAUACAACGUCUCCUUCCCUAAGUUCACGGUGAAUGUCAGUGAAACGCUGUUGGAGCCUCCGGCUUUCGCUAGUAAUAAAGGUCUUCGAGUGUCGUCUCCUAAACCCGACUGUGCCGAUGAGCUUCAUGGACCAGCGAACACUGUAUCUCUUGAUUCGAUGGAGACUGAGCACAAUGAAUCAUCAAUUGAUACCCACAGUGAGUCUGUAAUUCACACACCCCAUGAUACAGAUAUUAGCCACCAGAGCGCGCUAUAUAACGAGAACAAACUUGGGUACUACGGAACCACGAAAGCUCCUUCUGAUAAUCAUUGGUUCUUAUCGACUCACUCCUCGCUCUUAAAUUUUGAGAUGUCCUCCUCCCCGAUAGUGCAUGAGAAUGAUUUGAGUUCAAACCAAGAUGAUAUAAUAUUCAAGGAACCUGAUUUGCCUGAUCAGCCUCAUCUUUCAUCCAUCCAUGAAAAUGCAAUGACUGAAACAACGUUAAACCUAGCAGACCAAUCAACGCAAAGUCCUUCACCUGUAGAUCCAAGCAGCCUUGAGCCUGUUAGUGAAUCAUCCAUUCACUAUCCCACUGCAAAUAAAGAGGAUAAUUUAAAUCUCGAAUCUUCUUCAGCGGGUCAUCAUUCAACUUACACAGAUCUCACUACACCUUCCGAGAAAGUUUCAGCAGUUACCCCUGAUUAUCUCGUUAAUUCUCAUAAUCCUGAUGAUAUGACAACUCCGCAGCAGCGUCCAGAGUUUGAUUUUAUGUUUAAUCCUGGGGCAAACACCCCCGCACCUCCAGAGUUCCUUAAUGUUGAGAGUGUGAGUGAACCCCAUGAGACGGACACCUCAAUCAGUCACGAUGAAAGCUCACAUGAGCCAAUGAGCCACACUGAUAACCAUGUAAGUUCAAGUGAUCAUCCCACCAAUGCGCCCACCAAUGCGCCCACUGAUGCGCCCACCGAUGCGCUCACCGAUGCGCUCACCGAUGCGCCCACCGAUGUGCUCACCGAUGCGCCCACCGAUGUGCUCACCGAUGCGCCCACCGAUGUGCUCACCGAUGCGCCCACCGAUGCGCUCACCGAUGCGCCCACCGAUGCGCCCACCGAUGCGCUCACCAAUGCGCCCACCGAUGCGCCCACUAAGGCGCCCACCACUUUCGGUGAAGAAACUCAGUUCGAAUCAACGAGUAAUUUUGACGAAACCUCAGAUUUGGACACGACGGAAAAGGCGACCGAAUCAACAGUAGAGUUAAUUGUGGGCGCUCAAGAUGAUCAAAACGAAUUGCAAACAACGACAGCUCCGACGAAAAAGGAAACAGGGUUCGAAAAGCAUCAAUCCGUCAAUAUCACGACUGAUUUGAGGCCGACAACGGACCAAUAUUCCUUCGAAAACUCAUCAGAUAUGUUGCAAAAUAUUGAGCAUGCCACCACUGAGAAUGAUAGCGAUUUAUCAGAAAGUAUUGCAAUUCUAACAACCUUAGUAUCAGAGCCCGAAGCUCCUGAUAGAGUGAGUGACUCUACAAGCGGACUAUCUCAUUUCGAGUCGACAAAUCGCAUUUCUGAAACCACUGAAUAUACUACUUUACUAUCAGUGAGCGAUUCUUUUUCAACGAAAUUCACCGAUUUUGAUGAAACAACGAUUGAGGCGCUAGGAACUUCCAAGGAACACGAAUCGUCUACUCAGAUAUUCGACGAAUCAAUAACAACUACUGAUGAAAUUAUUGAGUCAGAUGGACAGUUCUCGAAUGAUAAGGUUGAUUCUGAUACCACCCUCCAGUCAGAUGUCGGGGACACAUCAGUAACAGUUCACUCAUUUCACGAUCGCUCAUGGUACAGUACCCAGAAAACUGUCUCUGCUAUCGAUGACACCUUAAGUACAGUAUCCGAGCUUGCAAGCACUGACGGUACGUUACACCAUCCCGACCCAUCCAUAAUUCAAGAAGAUCUACAAUUUUCUGCACUCUCAAGUCAAGGCUCAGAGGAAUCUACGCCAGUCAUAUCAACGCAGAAGGAAAAUUUAGUGCCGGAAACAUUAACACCUGAGAUUGCUCCUGCGACGGAAGUUCCAUCUAAAGAUGAACAACAGACUACGGAGCCUUCCAGUUCGGUGACUCCAAAUCGACCUGCUACCUCGCAACUUUUCGCGGAGAUAACCGAGGAAGUUCCAAACUUAGAGUCUACCAUCAUACCGGAAGGUGUUACCGAAACAAAACUGUCCACAGAUUUUACGGAAGCCCCCACCAUCGCCGUUGACGCAUCUGUGAUUGGCAGUGACCCAACUGAAAGCACGUUCUUCACCACGCAGAAAGAUGCGACGCAACUUACAACAUCUCCGUCUACAUUUAAACAACCUGAUCAUUUUACGAGUGAUACAACAGUUUUCGACGAAGAAGUUUUUACCACCACUAUGAACUAUGAGCCUCCAAUUGAAACAUCAACACCUGAGAUCGCUUCAGGGACGGAAAUCCCAUCUAAAGAUGCACAACAGACGACGGAGCCUUUCAGCUCGGUGACUCCAAAUCCACCUGCUACCUCGCAACUUUUCGAGGAGACAACCGACGAAGUUCCAAACUUAGAGUCUACCAUCCGACCGGAAGUUUACACCGAUACCGAUAAGGACACCUCUUUGAGUGAAUACCUCGGACUUCUAAGUCUUCUGGAUGAGGAUCAAGCAAUGAUUGCGGUGCUGAAUGCCUCGUAUUUAGCCGACCAACCAGAAGGACCAGUAGUCUCGGAGAAUGUGCAGUCUGAGACAACCAUCGCUCCCCAAGAAACCACGACUGAAUCAUCCUUGAGCCCGGACGACUUAAUUACUUCAACGAUGAGUCCCAUGACAGCGGCGCCCGCCGAAACCGCGGACGAGGGAGCGACCCCGGGUUUAUUUUUAGGAAACCAAGUCACUGAAGAGGAAUCCACCGUCCUUCCUCCAGCGAACACGCAGCCCCCUGUCGGUGACCACACGACGACGCAAACUGAGAUCUCUUUCACCGACCCGGAGGAGGAGGAAAUUGAGGAUCCUUUUGACUGUGAGACCGAACCAUGUCAGCAAGAGACAACCCCCGGCGCGAGUAUAUCAUCUACGACCCCUAAAAAUAAAACGACAAGAUUAGAGGGAGACGCUGCGACGACUAAAGACGAUAAAAUCGUUUUUCAAGAGAUUGACUACCCCACGAUUUCAGCCAAGGUCGACGAUUUAGCUGGAACCACAUCGACGGAGGAGACUAGCCGGAGGGCGCCGAGUAGUUAUUUGGUCAACGAACUUGACGUUGAGAAUUUUCCGGUGGUUCAAGAUCUACGGGCCCUGCCGGAGGCCUCGAAAAAGAAGGCUGAGAAAUUGUUGGAUUUGCUGUCUGGUGAACUUUUCAUCGAGGGUGCGGACUGGGAAGAUAACGAGAACUCUGAGGAGAACUAUGAGGUCGACGGGUCCGGUAUGAAAAUUAUCAAGAGCGGGCAGAGAAAAGGUAAAUGGAUCGAGAAUUUAUCCAACGAUCAGCUGAUGGCGUUGAUAGAAUCAGUAAGAGAGAAGCAUGGUAAAAGUUGAAUUUAUUUUUAUUGAAUUUCACAUUUUAAUGUCCUUUUACAAGUUUUAUUGUUCGCUCUAUUUUAAUAUGUUUAAUUCUUUAGAUCUAUCUUAAAGGAUCGAUUUAUUGAGUUCCGGAACAGGAUUGAUAAAUUUUAGAUAUUGUGAGUGAGGCCCUGUAAAAUUUUUUUUCAACUGAAUUCUUUUAAAAUCCUUAACGGAAAAUUUUUUAUAGACAUUCAGGGAGUUUUAGAAAAGCUCAUGACAUAUGGAUUCUAUAUUUUAAAUGUACCUAUCUGGCUGAUGUUUUUAGUAAAAUAUUCAUUUUGCAAUUCCGGAACUUCAAAUCUGUAUUUUGACAAAAUCCGACGUCUUGUUAAAAAAAUACUCAUCCGAUCUCGUAGUUUUUGAACAUUUUUAAAAAUUGGUGAUUAUAAUUGGAUGGAACUCAUAGAAUGAAUAAAAAAAGAAAAUUGCAUUUUUCUAUCUUAAGAUUCGAGAGAAGCAAAUAUUUGCUCUAAAGUAGCGACAAUGUGUAAAAUUAGUGCUAUUGAAAUAACUCAUUUGUCUCAGUGAGAAUACUGUUUUAAUCUCCUUCGUAAUUUUGAUCAAUAAUCAACCGAAAUGGAAAAAUGACACUUUUUUCCUUAAACCUUCAGUAACUAGAUAAAAAUGAUGUAAAAGUUUACUGAAAAAUAAAUUUCGGAAAAAAAAACAUUACCACAAAAGUGAGGUUACAAUAUAUAAUUUUACUAAAUUUAAAGCUCUUUUGUAUGUGUUCUAAAUGAAGGGAAUUUUUCAUCAAACUUCAGUCCUCGCUUAUCUCUACAUUUAUGGUAAGUUUUAUAAAUUUUCAGAAUUUUGUUAUUUAUAAUGAUACAACGAUAGUAUUUAUACAUAACUCCAAACGUGUGCUAUUUUUUUCAAAAUAUCUAUACAAAUGACGAUUUAUUAAAGAUUUUUAUACAUUCA